GCCUCUGACGUCAGAGCGGCGCUUCCUGGUUACGGUAAAGGCUAACAGCUAAGCUAACAGCUAGCCCGCUUCUCUCGGGCUGUUGUUGUUCCUCCUCCUCCUCCUCCUCCUCCUCCUUCUCCUCCUCCUCACUGACAGACCGCACCGCUUCGGACCAGACCUCCUCACCCCCAGGCUCUCCUCCGGGCAUGUCUCUGCGGGAGAAGCCGCCUCCCGGCCGCCUGCUGCUGGACGACACGGUGCCCGUGACGGCGGCGAUCGAAGCCAGCCAGAACCUGCAGAGCCACACGGAGUACAUCGUCCGAGUCCAGAGGGGCGUGUCUUUAGAGAAUAGCUGGCAGGUGAUUCGGCGAUACAGUGACUUUGAUGUUCUCAACACCAACCUGAUGGUUUGUGGCAUCAGUCUCCCUCUUCCUCCCAAGAAGCUUAUUGGAAACAUGGACAGGGAGUUCAUAGCAGAGAGGCAGAGAGGACUGCAGGCCUUUCUGGACUCAAUUACCCAGCAUCCCCUGCUUUCCAGCUCCCUGACAGUCAAGAAGUUCCUUGACCCAAACAACUACUCUGCCAACUACACAGAGAUCGCCCUGCAGCAGGUCUCCAUGUUCUUCAGGUCGGACCUGAAGUGGGAGGUCCUGGAGCCUCUCAAAGACAACGGCUGGAGGAUCAGGAAGAAAUACUUUCUAAUCAAAAACAAAGAGCAGCCCAAAGAGAGGUACCUGCUGAGCUGGGUGGACCUGGGUCCUGAUAAAUUCUUGUCCGACAAAGACCUGCAGUCAGCAAUGAAGCUGCUAACCAGCCUGUCUAAUCCGUAUCUCUGUCCGCUGUUGUUCUCCAGCACCAGUGAGUCUUCAGCUCUGCUCAUCCGGCCGUUCAGUGAGAAAGGCUCUCUGAGAGACCACAUCUGUAAGGUGAAGCCCAGAGAGAGUUACCUGAAGAAGUACUGUAACCCGAAGAAGAGCCAGGGUCUCGAACUGCAGCACAUCAAACUGUACGGCCGCCAGAUCCUGGAGGGCCUGAAGCUUCUCCAUGACGGCGGUGUAUUUUACGGUCACCUGCACGCGUCCAACGUCAUUGUGGACGACGGCGUGUGUCGACUGAUGGAUGUCGAGAACGGCAUGCUGGGAGUUCCCUCGGUGCUGCGACCGGCCUUCACCCAACUCAGGAAGAUCAACACCACAGAGAGCAUCGACGUCUUCUGCUUUGGACAUUUACUCUACGAGAUGACGUACGGUCGACCGCCGGACAGCGUCCCUUUCGAUCAAUACCCCGAUGUCCCCUACACCGCUGUGGUUUCAGUGCUGCAGUCCAUUUUGUCCACAGAAGCCUGUAAGAGCGGGAUGCCAACCGUGUCGCAGCUCAUCCAGACACCGCUGUUCAGUGACGUUCAGCUCCAACACUCAGAAAAACUCCAGAUCAAGGUUCCCAGCAGGCUAAAAGAGGCACUGAAGACGGCGAAGGAGAGUCUGGAGAAGAGGCUGCAGGAGGAGCAGAGAGUGCUCCAUCAGCACAGGAGGCUGACCAGAGCAAAGUCUCACCACGGCUCAGAGGAGGAGAAGAAGAGGAGGAAGACUCUGGCGAGGAAGAAGUCCAGACAGUCGGCUUAUGAAAAUGAAGAAGACGUCUCAGUCAGAAACAACAAUAACUCUGGUUCUGGAGCCAGUUCCCCUCCCACAUGCCCCUCCUCCCCCACCCCCCAUCCACCACAGGUAGGAGCCCUGACUGCUCCUCCCCCUCCUCCUCCUCCUCCUCCUCCUCCUAUGCUGAACUCUUCCUCCUGCCCUCCUCCUCCUCUGUCCUCCUCUGACGCAGCGGGAGGAGGUCGCACCGCCUUGCUGAGCUCCAUCCAGGCCUUCAGUAAGGGCAAACUGAAGAAGGCCGAGAUCGUCGACCGCAGCAAACCCAUCAUCUGACCCCCGCUGACCGCCGCCACCUGACCUCGACCAGGAAAAAACGUCACUACGGCGACACGACCGACCUGCUGGUUCUGCACUGUGGUAUCGGGACCGGUUCGCUUCGUCGCUCCCUGAGAUGUGAAAAGGAAUCGCUAACAAAAAAAAGAAAAUUCCAAGUACCAUUUUAUUUUUUAUUGCUAUUUCUGCUUAUUUCUGCUUUUAAUUUUAUUUUUAAAUCUGUUGCUGUGGUUGGAAAGAGGUGGGGGGGGGAAAUGGCCGCCUCAGUCGGCUCUUUCAUAAACUCUGGACAGUCCGAGGCCCCUGAAGGUUUGUCCUCUGUGACUUCUUCGUCACAAGAAGACACGACCACCAGGCUCAACGUUCAAACUGAGUCUGGGGAGUUUUUUUCUGGUUGACCUGCAGCUUCUUUUCUGCUCGUCAAAGUGGCGUUUGAAUGUUUGAAUUUUUUUAGGUUUUGGAGCCACUGUGGAUGCUUCAUCCCGCUGGAUGAUGAAGUUGAAUUUCCUGGAUCCAAACAGACGUUAAUAUCAGUGCUCUGACACUGAUAUCACUGUCCUGAGACUGAUCCAAACUCCAGCUUUCCCUCUUUUGAAAUCAUCUCAUGACAUGUAGCCUCCAGACCUGCACAUAGACUUUUUUCAUUGCAGGACAUCGGUGACGAAAAACGACUCAAUCACUCAAAUCAAUAAAGUCAUUUUUGACAUAAAAACAUACAUUUUCUAGAUAUUAGUCUGCAUCUCGAAACAAGAAAAAUAAGGCAGGUCGCUGUAUUAGACUAAAGACAAAUAUAACAUGGAGGAUUAUUUUCACAUUUUUUAAGAAAAUACUCUUGAUAAGAUGGUCGUUUGCUGCCGUGUAUCUGUCUUAACGUCACGUUUGGUCUGAACCAGAGUGAGAGAUUAAUUCGACUUUGCUGCAUUUUGUGCCAUUAGCUCAUCGGUUAGAGAUUAGAGGAUCCAUGUCACGUUAAAACCGUGACAUGGAUCCUCUAAGGUUUUCAUCCCAGUGAGGAACGUAUAAAGAAACUCCAGUGUUCAGCUCUGUAAGCAUGAGGCGUCCUGAUUGGUCAGUUGUUGGUUCAUUCUGAACAACUCUACGGCUGUUUCAGACCAAGCAUGCAAAUAGUUUGUACAAGAAAGAGCACAAAACAAUAGAGCAGCACAUAAUCAACAACUAACAUCAAUGCUACAAACUGCAAGAAGUUUGUUUCCAUCCACCUAUUUUUUGGGGCACUUUCAAUUUGUGCAUAUUAGGCUAAAUGGAACUUCUCAAAAAGUAGGAAAUCAAAAUGGAAAUUAAAAUCUUCCUUUAAAUGAAUACAUGAAACAAACAUAAAUGUCAUACUUUCAUCAUGUCUUCCACAUUGAUCUCCACAAUUUAAGGAGAAUUAGCACUGCAAACUGUUGAUCUUAAUGCACCCAAUAUUCACAUAAUGAUAUUGGAUGGAAAGGCACAUUUAUAAACAUUUUCUUAAGCCGUUUUUAUCUGGAAUUUGGUUAAAACUUGUCCCACAUUUUGAUGGAAACUCCACUAAUGCUAUGUAAACAAUCGAAGUAUAACUCACACUAUAAUUCUUACUCAAGUCCUGGUAGAGCUGGAGAGGCAAAACUGCACAAAAUGAAGUUUACCACCAUUCUUCCCUCUAGUGAAACUGUAACUUCUGCCUCACAUUAACUUUGGCUGCUAAACAUGGCAGAAAAUAAAGGUAGCGAGUGCUAAUGGUCUGUGCUAUGGAUGGUGCAGCUGCUCUCUCUGUUUGAAAUAAUGGCUUUGCUCUACGCGAUGUCAAACCUGCACUUUUGGUAUGAAAGUCUGUAAGACAGAGUUACUGUUCUGUCGUACAUCAGAGCAACUUGGAUCCACAGCGACGAGCCGCUCAGCUCUGAUUGUAUUUAGGGUCUGAAAUUAAUCUGAAAUACCUUUUUUUAUUUUUAGCUUCUUCACAGAUAUCUAAGAUUUUAAUGAUUUAGCUUCUUUGCACCACAGUACAUUCUUAUUAUUCCACUUAUAUGACCCGCACUGCUGCUUUUGCAUGUUUUGUUUCGGCCCAUUAACUGCUAUUAACUUUGCAAGUCAUCAAUCAUGUUUUAAGGGUUCCUUUUUUCCUGCUGGUUUCAGUAAUUUCUCUUAAAAAUGUACUUGCAGAAACUUGCUACAGAGAGAAAAUCCAUUAGUCACCUUUUAGUUUUACUUCAUUAAUUCAUAGUUGUGUGCUAAUUUGAAGUUGUUUGCAGGGUUUGUAUUGAACAGUGGUUGCACUAGUAAUCAAAUGUGCAUCAGAGGUUAGACACAGCUUUUCAAAGCAUCCAUCUUUGUUUAUUCUGCUUCUUUGGGUUUGAGUUUCUGAUAAUGUAGUCAAUGAAAGCAACGCUGAUUCAGUUCUGUCAGUCUGCACGCUUUUAUAAAGCCAGCUUUUCUUAAAAUGACCAGGAAGCACACUUUUAGACAAUUUUUUUCUCACAGUGUGGAAACUUGAUUGGGGUUUUAGUGUUACUGGAUUGAAGUUUAUUAUAAAUCAUGGUAAGGUGCAUUGAUGCAAACACACCCAUAAUAAUGUAAGAGUAUAAAAAAACAAAAUAUCCAUAGAUAAGAGAAAAGCAGGGAAUAAAACUACAUGACAAAAUAUAAGGGAGACGCAGUUUUUAACUCUCCCCAACCAGCCAGAUAUUAAAGACAUCGAACCGAACUGAAUUUAGUUCAGAUUAGAUGUGUUUCUCUUUUAUCUAUUUAUGCAUCACCUCGGGAUGAUUUAAAAUCAAUAAAUGGAUCUCUCUGCAGCAAGUUUCACAUUAAAAUCACCUGAAGGAAGGAAAUCCGUCAUGUUGGGAGUUUACUUUGUUAAACAACACUGGUGACUUUAACAUUGUUACAGUUUACCGUCACGAGACGUCCAUUUAGGGUUAAUUUCAGACCCUUAUUGUUUUGAUUCCUGUUAUUUUAAAGUGUUUUGCUUUUGUUUUAAUUCUGUUGUAUUUUAAUAUCUGUUGUCGUCAUUGAGCUGAGAUUAUAUUAUUUUAUUGUGCCAUAUGGAUCCUUGUGCCUAUGGAAAUAUGAAUGUUUAUUUUUGUUGAAUUAUUGUGUGUGAUAUAAUCAUACAUACCAGAUAAUCUGUAUGUAUAAAGCUCUGUCUGAGGAUUUUAACGCUUUAGCACACAGGAUGUUUUCACGUUGUUAUUGGCAUUACAGAAAUUUCCCUAAAUAAGCAACUAAUUAUUCUUUUUUUGUUAUUUGUUAGUCUAUAAAAUGUCAGAAUAUAGAUUUUCCAGAAAACCAGGAGACGUCUAAACACGUCAUGUUUCCUCUGACCAACAGUCCAACAUUUAAAUAAAUUCAGUUUACAGAGAUAUAAAACGUAGCAAAUCCUCAACCCAAAAAGGAGCACUUUUGGCAAUUCUUCUUUCAAAGUUUCUUAAAACUACUAAUUCGUUAUCAAAAUUGCUGCUGAAUAUAUUUUAUCUGCCAUUUAGCUAACCAAUUAAUCGACUCGUUGUUUUGGCAAUAAAACUAAUCUUUGUAGUUUGAUUUUUAAAUCUGUUUUUAACAUAAAUCUAAAAGUAAAAGUAGAAAUAAAUGUCAUAUUCUUGUUUUGGGGUGGAAGAAGGAUCUAUGUUGAUCCACCACAGGGUCCAUUUAUUAGCUGUUCUGGAGCUUUUGAUUGCAUCACAUGGUCUUCCUAAGAAUAUUGAGUAGGGCUGGGCAAUAUAUUUAUAUUACAUCAAUAUCGUGAUAUUAGACUAGAUAUCGUCUCGGAAUUUUGAUACCUCAAUAAUGUUAUAUGCUACAAGUGUCUCUUCUUGGUUUUAAAAGCUGCAUUACAGCAAAGUGUUGUGAUUUUCUCAACUCACGAGACUGUUCUAGCUUUUGUAUUAUUUAUAUUUAAUAAUUUAUUAUACCCACAUUACUGAUGAUUAUUUAUCAAAAAUGUAAUUGUAUAAUUUUGAUAAAGCACCUAUGUUCAACCCCACAAUAUUGUUGCAAUAUCAAAACCGAGGUAUGUGGUCAAAAAUAUCUUGAUAUUUGCCCCAAUAUUUUAGAUUCACCCAGUUGUCAUGGGAUAAUAAAUGUUAAAAUUUCCAUUUUUCUGAGCUCUUUACAGACUUCUUAUCCAUAGAAAGCUCCAGAACAGCUAAUUAAUGGACCUUUUUUAGAGUUUUGCUUUGUUUUGCUUCUGACUUUAAACCUGAAACGUGUCGGAUCAAAAGUCACAGUGAAGCUGCAGUUAAGAGUCUUUAGCUUCCACAAUGUUUUUUAUAAUUAGAUGGAUUUGAUCUGAUUGCUUAAAGGAACAGUUCAACAUUUUGCGAAAUUCGAUUUUUAGUGUGUAACAUGAGAAGAUCAAUAUCAAUCACAUGUCUGUCUGUGAACUAAGAAGUUACAGCAAGCAGCAAGUUAGCUUAGCUUAGCAUAAAGACUGGAAAUGGGGGGAACUGCUAGCCUGCCUCAGUUUGAGGAGAACAUAAUCUGCCUACCAGCAUCCUUAAACUCUCUCAUAUUUGUACAGAUUAAAGAAACAUAAAUAAUAAUAAAACAUGUUGGUAGAUAGACUUUAUUGCUUAGUCUGGCUAGCUGUUUCCCUUUGUUUCCAGUCUUUGUGCUAAGCUAAGCUAACUAGCUUCUGGCUUUAGCUUUUUAUUUUAACAGACCGAUGAUGAGUGGUAUUCAUCUUCUCAUCCAACUCUAUCUGAAAGUGUAUCAGCGUUUUUUUUUCAAAAUGGAAAAUUAUUAAAAGUAGGUGUGCCUCAGGGUACAAACUAGGAUCUACUUAACAGAAACAACUGCGUGCUAAAGUGUUAGUCUGUGACAGAGCUGUGGUCACUACAAUCCAAGUUUAAGCACUCAGAGCUUUUUAUUUUUAAAUCGAUGCUCUGCGUUAAAAUCCUUUUUUGUUUUUAUUGUUCAGUGCAAUCCGGUCCAAUGCGAUGGUCUUCACGUCUUUGAAUGGUCAUUAAAUUGUAUCAGUAUGUUUCUCUGCAGCACUUUAAUCCACGAGGGGUGGAAGACAAGUCCAAAUGUGUGUUUGCGAAAAAGCAAUUCAAUUCAGAGUCAUAGAAUUUUGGAUUAUAAGUAAAUCGGUAUGAAAAACCACUCUUCAGUCUCCGGGUUGUUUACAGUCACAUCACACUAGAUACAUCAAAUGUCGCCUUCAAAUAUCUCUUCUACAUUUAAUGCAACUGCAAAAUGACCCUCCUCAUCAUCUAUAUUCAAGUAAAAACACAAUCUAGCAAGCCUGCUGUGAUGAAAUAAAUACUGUAUCAACUGAAUUAAACAUUUUAUUAAAAGAAAUUCAAGAGUAAGUU